AUUUACAGAGGUUGAUGCUACAGCAAUACGUUUAUUCAUUUUAGUUCUGUUCACUACACUGUUUGCUUCUUCUGGCACACCAAGUCAGUGCCUUUUCAAGCAGAGAUCAUUGUGAAAUCGUAGGUUGGGAGGAUGACCGCUCGAGUGCACUGCUCGAUGAUUGCUGUUGCAUUGUGUCUGUUCAGAUACUUGAGCAUAACAGACGCUACUCUAGUGAGGCCAGGUCAAUGUCCCGACCCGAAGAAUAUUCCAAAGUUUGCCGCAAGCUGUGUCCAUGAUGGCCAGUGCCCUGCCACACAGAAGUGUUGCCCAACCACCCGUGGCCACGGAUGCAGUGAACCAAUCGGCCAGGGCCAAGGAAUGGGCCAAGGAAAGGGCCAGGGCCACGGAAUGGGUCAGGGUCAAGGCCAGGGCCACGGAAUGGGUCAGGGUCAAGGCCAGGGCCACGGAAUGGGUCAGGGUCAAGGCCAGGGCCACGGAAUGGGUCAGGGUCAAGGCCAGGGCCAAGGAAUGGGUCAGGGUCAAGGCCAGGGCCAAGGAAUGGGUCAGGGUCAAGGCCAGGGCCAAGGAAUGGGUCAGGGUCAAGGCCAGGGCCAAGGAAUGGGUCAGGGUCAAGGCCAGGGCCAAGGAAUGGGUCAGGGUCAAGGCCAGGGCCAAGGAAUGGGUCAGGGUCAAGGCCAGGGCCAAGGAAUGGGUCAGGGUCAAGGCCAGGGCCAAGGAAUGGGUCAGGGUCAAGGCCAGGGCCAAGGAAUGGGUCAGGGUCAAGGCCAGGGCCAAGGAAUGGGUCAGGGUCAAGGCCAGGGCCAAGGAAUGGGUCAGGGUCAAGGCCAGGGCCAAGGAAUGGGUCAGGGUCAAGGCCAGGGCCAAGGAAUGGGCCAGGGCCAAGGAAUGGGCCAGGGCCAAGGAAUGGGCCAGGGCCAAGGAAUGGGCCAGGGCCAGGGCCAAGGAAUGGGCCAGGGCCAAGGAAUGGGCCAGGGCCAAGGAAUGGGCCAGGGCCAGGGCCAAGGAAUGGGUCAGGGCCAGGGCCAGGGCCAGGGCCAAGGAAUGGGCCAGGGCCAGGGCCAGGGCCAAGGAAUGGGUCAGGGCCAGGGCCAGGGCCAAGGAAUGGGUCAGGGCCAGGGUCAGGGCCAAGGAAUGGGUCAGGGCCAGGGCCAGGGCCAAGGAAUGGGUCAGGGCCAGGGUCAGGGCCAAGGAAUGGGUCAGGGCCAGGGUCAGGGCCAGGGCCAAGGAAUGGGUCAGGGUCAGGGUCAGGGCCAGGGCCAAGGAAUGGGUCAGGGCCAGGGCCAGGGCCAGGGCCAAGGAAUGGGUCAGGGCCAGGGCCAAGGAAUGGGUCAGGGCCAGGGCCAGGGCCAAGGAAUGGGUCAGGGCCAGGGCCAAGGAAUGGGCCAGGGCCAGGGCCAAGGAAUGGGAAUGGGU